AUGAAGAACAUUUGUCAAGUGUCUUCCACACCUACGGCUGCAAUUCUCGCUUUGCUGGGGGUCUUCUUGACCCCGACUUCAUCGCAGACCUACGACUUGUCACCUGAAAAUGGUUUGGUCACGGCAACUAUGACUAUUGACAAUAAGAGAAACUUGGCUGAUGUCCAUAUCCGCUCUGGGUUGUACUCCUCUGAUACCAUUUUUGACUACCAGCAUGGAUAUAUUGCAGCAAGGGUGUUUUCACGGAAUGCCUGCUUUAUCCUGAAAAUGGGCAAAAAUACCUUCCCAGAGCUACGGGAAAUUGGGCGCAGAGCUUAUGAGAAAGAG